CGCGGCUUGCUCGAGAGCUCGGCAGUGCUGCUUCAACGCUACCCCAGGCAACAGCGAGCGAAUCUCGAGCGUGCGCGCGCACCCACGAUCGGCACCUCGCACGUGUCCAGUACGCCAGGGCCCUUACGGUCGUACACAUCGAGAAGUGCGCGUCGGUGGUGCAGUGUCGACGUACGCCCUCGACUCCAUUGUAAAUCGUCCCUGUUUUCUUUGAUUUUUCCGUUGUUUCUCGCGUCGCCCGCUUAUCUCUGCCCGCUAGUGGUUCACAAAAGCGGUCCUCCGAAGAGUCUCGCGUGUGUGGAGAAUACGAGCAGCUAUAAAGAGGACAGAACCUCGAGAGCGAGAGAGGCCAGACGGACAAACAGCUGCUUCCGAGUCGCUUCCAACUCGAUGCUGAUCAGCCAGUGACUAGCGUCGAUAUUGGAAACACUUGCUUGCGCUUGUGUGAAGCCAGCGUCAAUCAGAUACACGACGAAAGCCGCUGAAGCGGCAAGGGUCAGGCAGCGAAAUAGGCAGCGAGCUGUUGAGAAUGUUGAUGCCGGGUGCCGCAGGCCUCGGUGCCGUGGGCGCUCCGAGUCCCGACGAUCUCGUGACCGGUCUCGGUGCGCUCGCCGGAGCUACGCCACAGCAAAAGGACACCACAUGGACGAAACUGUUCGUCGGUGGCUUACCAUAUCACACAACCGACAAAAGCCUCAGGGAACAUUUCAAUGUCUACGGUGACAUCGAGGAAGCUGUAGUCAUCACCGACAGGCAAACUGGAAAGAGCCGGGGUUACGGAUUUGUGAUCAUGGGUGACAGGCCGGCGGCGGAGCGCGCCUGCAAGGAUCCGAACCCCAUAAUCGACGGGCGCAAAGCUAACGUCAAUCUCGCGAUACUCGGAGCCAAACCACGUGGCAAUCUACAGACUGCUUUCCCAUUUGCUGCCAUACGUCCCGGAUACCCAGCCGUGCUUCCUGGUCAACUUGGGACAUUUGACUCAAUUUCAAAUCAUCUGUGACGUUUCAGCAUCCCAACGCGCUGUGAUAAUCACCUGAAAAUGCUCCUCACCGAGAGUGGCUAAUAAAAAUUGAAAAGCGAAAGCGCAAAACAAGCGAAAAAAUAUCCCGAAAAAUGAAUUCAUUGAGAGAGCUAUAGUGAGCGCAAUAAUAUGAAUAUAAUGGGAUGGGAGAGCAAAAUGUCGCGGCACACGCACACGUAAUACGAAGCCAA